AUGGAGAUGGGUUACGCGGGGGACCGGAUCUGUUUCUACCGUCGAUUUGUGAAGGAAUUUAGCACCAUUGCUGCCCUGAUCAAUGAGUUACUAAAGAAAGAACUGCCUUUUCAAUGGGGUGACAAAAAAGAGAAGGCAUUUGAGGAGCUGAAAGCUAAGUUAACAGCAGCACCACUCCUUGCACUACCAGAUUUCGAAAGUAUCAAGGACUUAUAUGCUAAUGAUUCAUAUUUCACUGAACCAUAUUCCAAGUGUGGUAAUGGAAAGGGCUGGGAAAAGUAUCACUUGCAUGAUGGAUUUUUGUUUCGAGCUAACAAACUGUGCAUUCCAGAUUGCUCGGAGCAUGUUAACUUUGAUGCAAGCAAGCGUUCUGAAGUUGUCAAGAAGAUUCAUGAACAAGCACGAGACAACAUUGAGAAGAUGACCAAGCUGUACGAGAUGCGCGCCAACAAGAGAUGA